GCCUUAACAACGGUCUGAUCUAUAACUAAUCAACAAAAUCAAUAAAUCUACAGAAACAUGGAUAUGAAGUUGGCUUAAAAAUGGAUUCUUUUCAUUAAACCUGUGAAUACUUAUAAAAUACAAUGACUACCUGGGUUACCCCAUGAUACCCCCUGUCAUCUGUUUGACCUAAGACAAAGAUAAAUAGAUAACUUCCCCCCACUUCCCAAACAACCCAACCCAUAAUCUAAUCCACCCAUCACCACCAUGGCGAAAGAGACACCCACGAGCCUGAACCCGCGGUUCGAAAUCCGGCGCCUUGAGCCCGCACACCUCGACUGGGCGAAGGCGAUCAUCAUGCACACCAACACCUUCCACUCGCCCGUCUGGCCGAUUCUGUACCCUGAAAACAAGGCCCGGCGGCUCUACGAUGGGUUUGCGGGGGCAGACUACCUCAUCCAGCACCAGAUCGAGUCCGGCAUGUCCUUCGGCGUGUUCGACAAAGAAUACGUGUUUCGAUAUCCUGAAUCUGAGAAGACCGGCGGCGCCCUGCACUGGGAUAUGACCGAUGAAACGGCCACAGGCGAGCAGCUCCUGCACCAGAUGGAUUUCCCGCUCGUUUCCAUCGCGGUCGCGUACGAUGCAGCUCACCCACUCGACGAAAGCAAACUGACCUCCCUUUUGGCCGCGUUGCCCGCGUACGGGGAGGUGAUGCACCAACUCGACGUGCUGGACAUACGAAAGAAAACAGAAAACGAUACUACCACCGACACUAAGCCUGAGACUGAUGCUACCACUACUCGCAAGCUCAUGCGCAACGGCACCUCCACACGCGCAGACUACGAAGGCUUCAAGCUCAUGAAAACCACAGCGCAUCUUCUCAUGCGCCACGCCGCCGGCGAGGGAUACAAUGUCAUUGAGAUCCCCACGCUCCACAACGCAGUGCACCAUGUUUGGGCGAACCCGCCGGCGCCGUUCAAGAGCACCGUCGUUGCCGAGUUUAAUUUCAAGGAUCUCGAGAGGGAGGAGGGGGGAGUGGUGGUGAAGCCGUACGCGCAUAUCAACCAGGUUGCUUCCAAGAUUAUUGUUUCGCUGGCAACAUGAUUUAUUUUGGUUCUAUAUUGGUUAAAU